AGUAUGUCGGGUAUCGAGUGCUACCUUCGCAUAUACACACGGCGACUUGCAUUUCCGAGACGUUGAUCAUAGACGGACACGUAUAUCCGCUUCUUGCCCGCUCGAUGCCUCCAGCGAUCUCCAAGCCUGCCGCGGCGCUCAUCCGUUCUCCCUCGCUUCGACCUCCAUCGUGGAUAAGCAUCUGGUUCGGGUUGAGCAGCGUCGUCCUUCUCUGGGAUGCCGGUUACUGUCUGUUGAGGCCGAGGUCGAUGCCCGGAGGAGAUCUGCAUUGGGUCUGGAAGCCGUACGAACUAUACGGCGAGAUCGAUCACCUGUACGGUCUCCCUGGCUUCACCUCCAAAUCUAUUACCGGGUUCACCUCUGCCCAAGCUACGCUCAACAUCAUUCAAUCGACUCUCAAUCUGGAGUACAUCUACCUCUCUCACUUUAGUCAGAACAAACGAUGGAGACUGGAAGGGAGCGAGAAGAGGUCCGAUCCGAAGGCGCCCUUGAUCGGGUUCGCAGCAGCGGUGAUGAUGUUCAGCAAAACGGUCCUAUAUUGCCUUCAAGAGUACUUCUGUGACAGCUGCUCGAUCGGGCAUAAUCACCCGUACGACUUGUUGGUAUUCUGGAUCAUCCCUAACGAUCUGGCUCCUCCUGCCUCUGCUGGUCAUGUACAAACUCAGCUCGCAAAUCACCUACGCGCUCGGGAGACACGCUGCCGAUCUGGCCGAAGAGGAGGAUCGGUUGUUGGCUGAUGUCGGGGCCGAACACGUCGAGGACCGGGAAGUGCAAGCUAGCGAGGAGCAGUCCGUGCCGGUCGACGCGUCCUCGCCGGUCAAGAGGGGUCGAGGUCGACCGAGAAAGAACGUCGACACCCCAGUCAAAACGGAUCAGGUCCCCGUCUUCACUGUGGAACCACCAUCAACCCGUGCUGCUCAGACUACCCCAGCCAAGCGCACAAGGACAGCCCUUGCGCCCGUCCCGGUCGCCUCUCCCGCUGCAAACACCCGAUCGCGGAACAGGAUG